AUGAAAUUUUUUGCCCUUGCGCUGUUGUUUGGAGUUUUAUCAGUCGCGGCUGUGACUGAUGUGGAACUGAUUUAUUUUGGACUAAAAGGGAGAGCUGAAGCUAUCAGAUUGAUCCUUCAUUAUGGAGGAAUACCAUUCCGAGAUACGCGGGUUACAGCGGAGGAAUGGACGAGGAUCAAGUACGACAAAUCGAGUAAGUUUGCGCAGAGUGAUGGGAGAGAUGCUCUCGUCAAUCCAGCGCAUUUUCGAAACUGUUAGACGUUUCGGAUACUAUGAAUAGAAAAAAAGAUGUUCUCAAAAAAUCAAUAAAAAUUUAGAAAUUAUUUUCUGACCAUAAAGGAAGGUUUGUACCGGCUAGCGAGGAGAAAACAGGGCAAAGAUCGUCUCUAAAAUUGUAUUUGCGACGACACGCCACAUUGAGUAACUCUUGGUCAGGAAAUAAAUAUAGCUUCAAAUUACAGUGGAGGGACCUGAUCCAGUGGCAAAAAACGUACCAUUUUGCAUCUGGGAAGUAUAAAAAAUGUGGCAAAAUGCUUCCCUCUCCAAGUGAAAAAGGUCAGAUUUCAAAAGCGCGCCCGUUCUUUCUGUGAAGAAAAAGGCGCGCCCUUCAAAACGAAACUUUUUUUACUUGUACAGGGAAGCAUUUUGCCACAUUUUUGAUGCUUCCCGGAUGCAAAAUGGCACGUUUUUUGCCAUUGGAUCGGGUCCGUCAAAGUACGCCAAAUUACGCUCCCAUUGUUUGUAAAUGUUUCGUACAUAGCCUUGGAGGUCGCAUAACAAUCCCUUGAAAUCCCAGCUGUUGAGCUGACCUAAUGACUUUUGUAGGCGACAUAAAGCAAUCCAUUUCCUUUCAGGAUUCCCUUACGCUGUAAUACCGGUGCUUCAAGUUAAUCGGACAAUUAUUGCCGAAACAAGUGUCAUAACUCGAUUCGUUGCUCGAAUUACAAAUCUUGAUCACAGUUAUGACCCGCUUGACCAGGCCCGAAUUGACGAAGUCUAUGAAGUGGCGUCGGACUUCUUCAACGAGGUGAUUCAUUACAUCUCGGGUACUGUGGAAGGCACAAAAGUUGUUACUGUAAGUUGACGAUCUCGUCAACCGCUUAUGCUACAAGAAAAGUACUUCUGUGGGGUAUAAUAGAGUCGUCAAAAAAUCGCAAAAAUUUUUCCGAAAUUGGACAGCUAAUUUUUACAUAUUCUGAAUCAGAAAAAUUUUGCGAUUUUUCGAUUUAUGUCUCGACCUGUGUAACUCCAUCCCCCAUAAAAUUAGUUUCCUUGUGAGAAAAAAUUAAUAUAAAAUUGUGCCAAGUUUCAUCAAAAUCUGAGGGGCGCACUUGGGGCGCUUCCCUUGUGAACUUUCAUCUGGCCUAAACGACUCUUUGGAUACCUGAGAUUGUUGGUUAUACACAGACUUUGUUGUAUGGUAGUCCCGUUUAGAGCUUCUAUUAUACAGUGGCGGACAUGAUCCAGUGGCAAAAAAAGUACCAUUUUGCAUCCGGGAAGUAUCAAAAAUGCAGAAAGAUACCUCCCUCUCCAAGUGAAAAAACUCCGAUUUCAAAAGGGCUCGCCCUCUCUUUGAGGGCCCUUCAAAACGGAGUUUUUUUUAGUUAGAAAGGGAGGUAUUUUGCCACAUUUUUCAUACUUUCGGGAUGCAAAAUGGUAAGUUUUUUGGCACUGGAUCAGGCCCUCACUGUACCUAUAACCCCAAUAAAAUGUUCUACUAUCAAAACACUUGCAGCAAGCCGACUAUAACACUCUCUUUCUUCCGCACGUCCAAAAAUAUCUCCCAUUGGUGGAAAAAUUCAUCCGAGAAAACGCCAACGGCCUUUUCUCACGUCGAGGCCUAUCCUACACCGAUUUUUUCUGGGCAAGCGUAGUCGACUGGAUCAACGAUAUUCACCCAGAAAUUGUCCAGCAACAUCCUAUCUCAGCGGCUCAUCGAAUUAGAAUCUUGUCGUUGCCACAACUUCAACCCUAUUUGAGGACACAAGGCCACAGGGUGGUGUUGUAG